AUGGGCGACGCUACCGUUGAGUCUCCUUCGUGGCGCCUGGUCGAGGUCGGCCGCGUCGUUCUCGUCCAGGACAACGGCCCCUACACCGGCAGAAUCGCCACCAUUGUCGAGAUCAUCGACCACAAGCGCGUUCUGAUCGACGGCCCCUCAUCUGACGCCAAGCUUGUCGUCCCCAGACAAGCCAUCGCCCUCGCCAACGUCCUGUUGGCCCCCAUCAAGGUCGACAAGCUGCCCCGCGCUGCCCGCACCGGCACCGUCAAGAAGGCUUGGGAGAACGCUGGCAUCGACGCCAAGUGGAAGGAGAGCUCGUGGGCCAAGCGGAAGGAGCAGGGCGAGCGCAGACGGGCCCUGACCGACUUUGAGCGCUUCAAGGUCCUCAGACUCAAGAAGCAGAGGCGGUUCGAGGAGCGCAAGGCUCUGGCCAAGGUCAAGGCCUCUGCUUAA